CCCCGCGCCGCCUCAUGCCGCCGGCCCGGUAGCGGCGCCGCGCCGGGGCCGGGCGGGGCGGCCAUGAGGGCGGCCUGAGGGACGGCCCCGAGCGAGCCCCGGCCAUGGGCGAGAGGCGGCGCGGGGAGAGCGGCGAGCCGGGCACGGGGCGAGGUCAGAGCCGUCCCUGAGAGCUCCCCCAGCAGCUCCUGCCCCUCGGCCGGCCCCGACUGCCCCGGGAGCAGCCAGCCCUGCGUGUCCCAGGUGAGCGGCCCCUCCAGGUGUGCCCGUGCCCGCUGCUGCCCUGCCAGUCCCGCCCGCCCCGGGAGAUGCCCGCGCCGGCCCCGCCGCGCCCAGCGGAGCAGAACCACCAAGAGCCGCAGCCGCCGUUGGCGCCGUGCCCGUGGCGGGGCCAGCUGUGCAUCGGGGGGCAGCGCCUGGGCACCAUCGGCCUGAGGAGCCAGCACAGCGCGGGCACCGUGCCCGCCCAGCUGCCUCCCAGCCUGGACAUCAAACACGUCAUGGGUUUGUCUGAGCUGAAGAAAAAAAUUCCAGAAGCUGCAUUUGGGAAAAACAAUUACACCAAGAAUGAAGUGUGUUUCCAGGGCGUGCUCUCCAGCCUGUACGAGGUUGAAAUCUCCCCCAAGGACCAGGCCCGGCUGGACCUGCUGGUGCAGAGCCUGAAGCAGAAGGACCUGGCCAUCAUCAAAUUCCUGCAGGGGCGGGGAGUGCUGAUCCUGCUGGCGUCCUCAGCCCUGGCACGGGAGGAAGGCCUGGAGCCCAAGGAGCCCGUCAGCCUGCUGGCCCUGUUCCUGUUCAGCUCCCCCCGGGCACUGAGCCCCCCAGUGGAGCCGCAGGACAGCAGUCCCAGGAGCUCGGGCAGCUCCAGGAGCUCCAUCUCGCUCAGGAUCGCCUCGGUGGUGCCCGGGCUGCGCUAUGCCCUGCACAGAGCAGCCGGCUCCUCCUGCAGCCGCCUCCAGGAGCACCUCCAGGAGUUUGCAGAGCUCCAGGAGAGCUGCCAGGACAUCCCCGGUGUGCCCGUGCCCUCUGGGUGCCAGGAUGGCGACGCCGGCCCUUCCCGGGCAUUCUCGGAGCGAUCCCUGGCCCAGCUGCGCCGUUACCUGUCCGACCCCGGCAGCUUCACCCUGGGGGUGUCGGCAGCGCUGCAGUGCCUGCGUGGGGCUGCUGGGAAUGUGGGGGACAAUCCUGGAAAUUCCUCCUCCUCCUCCUCUUCCUCCGAGCCCGCGGGCGCUGCUCCUUGCACCAGAUCAGCGGGAGCCGCGCGGGAUGAGAGGGAGCUUCCGGAGAGAUCCCUGAAAAGCGUCACCUCUCCCAGCAAGCCCUGGGGCCGGGAGCUGAGGAGGAAAUCCAGCAGGAUCCUGGGGAAGGGCACUGCAGCCCCCAGGGCACAGAGCCCUCCCGGCCAGGGCAGCAGCACCAGCACGGAGGCAGCCAAGAGGAAAACCAGCGGUGCUUCCUCUUCUCCCAAAAAAUCGGGAUCCGCUGGAAAUCCCAACGAGCCCAUGCUGAAAUUGGCCAACCUGCGGUUGCCACAUGGGAGGAAAAGAGGUGCCGAGGUCCUGGCUGCAGAGAUUGUCCCCAAACCCCAGUGUGAAGCUGCUGAGAUGGAGAAGGAGAGCUCAGCUCCCAAUGGCCCUGCUGUGGAGGCCAAGAGGCCCAAAACCCUGGAAAACCUGGACACCAGGAAGGAUCCUGUCCCUGACAGUGGCACCACAAAGCCAGGGAAAAGCAAAACGCAGAAAAACGUGGAAAGCAGAGCGGCAAAACCUCAGGAGAAGCAGCAGGAAGAGAGUGAGCGGAAGGAGCCGCCCUCGGAGCCGCCCGGCCCAGCCCCAUCCCAAGCAGAAAUCCCGGGAAAUGUUCAUCCCAUGGCAAUUCCCAGCUCUUCCUUCGCCCUGCCAGGGGACAGCAGCGACUCCCACGCCCUGAACCUGCUGGCUGACCUGGCCCUGGGCUCCUGCAUUCCCGCCUUUAUUCCCAAGGAUUCCGCGGAACGCGGCGAUUCCUCGGCGCCCAAAUCCCCGCGCGCCGCCUCCGACCACAAAUACCACCGGGGGGACCGGCAGGCCAGGAAAGCUCCGUGCAGCAGGGUGUGCCAGAACCAGGCUGUGCCUGAUCCAGCACAUCCCAGCCCACCGGCCGCUCCUCCCAAGGAGAAAACCUCGGGAAUUGUCAGCAGGAGCAGCGCGGCAUUCCCGGCAUUCCCGCACUCCAUCAUCUCCGCCGAGCACUCCUACGCCUCCCCCAUGCCCGAGGAUGCCAGAGCCGCCCCAGAUGCCAAAGGGAAUCACACCAGGAAUGCCCCGGCUGCCCCGCUGGUGGGGAAGGUGCUGCCCUUCCGGCACCAGCAGGGCGGCGCCGCCGAGCGCGGGCGCGGCCGGGGCGGGGCCGGGAGGAAGGAGGAGUUUGGCAGGAGGCACUCGGUGAGCGUGUGCGGGGGCGCCCUGAGGGUCACGUGCCGCUGGGAGGAGCAGUACCUGUUCCACCUGGACAGCCGGUACACCAACGACGCCCUGGAGAAAACCGUGAUCCGGGCCCUGCACGGGCCCUGGGACCCCGAUCUCCCCGACGACGUGGAGGGGAUGAAGCUGAUCCUGCACAUGUGGGUGGCCCUGUUCUACAGGAAGCCCAGCAAGCUCCUGAGCAGCUCCAGGAAGGUGGUGGAGCACAGCAACCCCAGCAAAUUCGUCUCCAUCAGCAGCUCCGGCGGCUUCCUGGAGCUCAGCGACGACAGCCAGGACUGCUUCGGCUCCGAGACGCGCGCGGCCGACUCGGCCUGGGACCCCGAGCAGAGCCCCAGCAGCUCCCUGGACCCCAGCCCGCCCUGCCAGGGCGCCCCCCAGCCCCAGCAGGGCCCUGUGGGCAUGGCUGGGGACAGCACCGUGUCCUCCUCCUCGGGGGAGCUGCCCUGUGGCAAUGAGGAGGAGGAGGAGGAGCAGGAGCCUUCCUCCACCAGCUGUCCUGAGAGCCUCUCCCUGCAUGGGAAUGCUGGGGAAACGCUGGGUGUGGGCGUUCCUGAGGAGGAGGAGGAGGGCACAGGGGGUGUCUGCAGGGUCACUGCCAGUGCCACCAACGGGGUGAGUGCGGCCUGGGGGCUCCAGCCUGCCCCUGAUUCCGUGCCCUUGGGAGCAGCUGCUGGAAGUGCAGAGCCUGGGGGAGCCCCUGAGGAAGGGGAGGAAGGCCAGGAGCCCUCGGAGCGCUCAGAAAAGGAGGAGAGGGAAGAGGAGGAGGAGGAGAAGAAGGAGAAUGAGGAGUUGGAGGACGAAGUCUCCUUCACGGGCCCCGUGGGUUUGGUGCUGUCGGAGAGCAGCGAUGCCGAGAUGGAAUGUGAGCAGAAUCCCAGGAAUUCGGUGUCUCUGGCAGAGUUUGGUGUUCCUGAGCAGGACCCCGUGCCCAGCCCCACCUCCCUGGCACCCCGACCCUGCCCAGCACCCGGGGCUGUCCCUGCAGCAUCUCCCGAGGAGGAGCCACCAAACCAGGAGCAGCCCCCGGAUCCCUGGGGCGCUCCGGGCACGCCGGGCUCGGAGCCAGACGGGGCUGGAGUGGGGUCACGGCCGGGUGAGAGCAGCCGGGAGCUGGCAGUGCCCGCUGUGCCCAGCCCUGUGUGCGGGGCACAGCCCGACAGCGUCACAGACAGCCCUGGGGACGGCUCCGAGCGCACCCACCGGGAGCAGGCGCCCUCUGUGCAGCCCUGGGAGCCGGCCCGGAGCUCGGGACCGCCCUGCAGCCCCGACAGCAGCUCCGUGUGCCCGGCCUCUCCCAGCGCCUCCGUGCAUCCCUGGGCUGCCCCAGAGGAUCAGCCCGUGGGGAGCCUCCAGCCCCACCUGGGACAGCAGCGCGGGGGUGACGCCGAUCCCAGCCCCGAUUCCCUGGGUGGGCACGGGGCUGUGGAGGAGGAGCAGCCGGGGAGCCCCUCGGGCCAUGGCAGGGAGGAGCUGGAUGAUCCCGUGGGAGCAGGAGAUGGCCCGGCCUCCCCCUCUGAGGGCACAGACACAGGAGAUGAGUGCAGAGCUGAGAGCGGGGAUGUGUUCCCUGGCACGGAGAAUUCCCCUGGGAAUGACACCACGAACACGGAGAUGGCAGAGACCCCUCCCCAGCAUCACCUGCUGGAGCCAGAGCCCUCCUCCUCCAUCACGGAGGCCAUCUCAGCCGUGCAGGAGCUCCCCAGGCAGCAGCAGAGCUUCCCAAACCUCCAGGGGGACUCAGCUCCCGCUCCGGAGGGAGCGAGCACCGGAGGCUCCAGCGUUCCCGCCGUGCCGGGCCGGCGCGAGUCGGUGCUGUGCCGCCUCUGGAAGCCGGGCCGGGCAGGAGGAGCCGUGCAGGUCAGCGUGGCUGCCUGGAGCCCGCGUGGCUCCUUCCGUCCCAGCUGCUCCCGAGAGCUGGAGUCCCCAGCUCCCUGCUCGCCUGAGCCAGCGCCGGCGGAACCGGGAGCUGCUCCUCCUUCUCCCUGGGAGCCGUGGGACCAUGCGGAGCCUGCGGAGCCUGCGGAGCCGGGCUCGCCCCUGCCCGAGGCGCUGCCUGGGGUGCUCCUGCCCACUCCAGACAGUGCACGGAACCACAGCAGCCCCAGGAACAGCCCCAGCAACCAGAGGAACAGCCCCAGGAACCAUGGGAGCCCUGGGAGCUAUGGCAGCCCUGGGAGCAGCCCCAGGAGCUGUGGGAGCUUCAGGAACCACGGCAGCCCCAGGAACAGCCCCAGGAACCAUGGGAGACUCAGGAACUAUGGCAGCCCCAGGAACUAUGGCAGCCCCAUGAGCUGUGGCAGCCCUGGUAGCCCCAGAGGCCAUAGCAGCCCCAGGAGCCAUGGCAGCCCCAGGAACCGUGGCAGCCCCAUGAGCUGUGGCAGCCCCAGGAGCUGUGGGAGCCCUGGUAGCCCCAGAGGCCAUGGUAGCCCCGGCAGCUAUGGUAGCCCCAGGAGCUGUGGCAGCCCCAGGAACUUUGGUAGCCCCAGGAACUUUGGUAGCCCCAGGAGCCCCAGGAACUUUGGUAGCCCCAGCAGCCCCAGGAGCUAUCUCAGCCCCAGGAGCUGUGGUAGCCUCAGGAGCCAUGGCAGCCCCAUAGAUGGUGGCAGCCCCAGGAACUAUGGCAGCCCCAGAAGUUGUGGUAGCCCUGGUAGCCCCAGGAGCUGUGGCAGCCCCCGAAGCUGUGGCAGCCCUGGUGGCCCUGGUAGCCCCAGGAGCCAUGGCAGCCCUGGUGGCCCCCGGAGCCCGGCAGGGGAUGCCGGAGGGAGCCCCGGGGAGGAGGAGGAGGAGGAGGAGCCCUUCCUGCCCGAGGAGCUGGAAGGGGGCAGCAUUGCCAGCCCUGCCCCUUUCCCAGGCCGGGAGUGCCCCCUGUGCCAGCCCUGGGAUGAGUGUGAGCACCACCCCGAGGGGUCCCAGGGGUCCCCUGAUCCCGACUGUGCUGGCACUGAGGGGGGACAGGGGGACAUUCCCGCUUCUCCCAUCCCGUGGGACGAGCCCGGGGAUCCCUCUGGAGAACCCCCGGAGUUCAGUGAUGCCGAGGAUAUUUCGGAUGCGCUCCCAAGGGAAGAGCAGCUGCCAAGCCAAGGCACCCACGAGGGCUUGGCCUUCGAGGAUCCAUUGGAGAAUUCCUUUGGUGACUCAGAGCAGGAAUAUUUGGAGGGGAAUUCUCGCUCCCCUCUUCCGAGCAGGAGCUCCUGCAUCGUGAGAUCCGUGGAUGCUGCAGGAGCAAGGACUACCUGGGACAGCUCCUCCUGGAGCUCCGAGCAGGCGGAGGAGCCCGGGGAGGGCUGGCACUGGGAUGUCCCCAGGGAUUCGGGGGGCAUCGUGGUGACCAGGCAGUGCCACGAGAGGGUGGCACAUUUCCAGCCGCCCCGGAGGCGCAGCCGCCGAGCCCGCGAGUCCCACCUGGCCCGGUCCCUGCUGGGGACGUGGCGGGGCCUGCAGGAGAUCACCCAGCACACUUUGGACAUGGAGUGCCUCCGCUUCCACUAUAAGCUAAAGGAAAUCCUAAGGAAGGGCAAACCGCCCUUUUCUACCUCCAGAAGCCUCUUCCCGACGGCCUCCCCGCCCCGCGUGCCGCUGUCCCCGCGCAGCAGGAGCCCCCUGCGGGUGACAAUCCCGCCCUCGGACGGGUGGCCCCGCUCCCGCAGGGACCCUCGGGCCGCCAGGAGGGCGCGGAGCCGGGAGCGCGGGGCCGCCCUGCGCCUGGCCCGGCUGCGGCACCGGCACCGGCCCGGCCCGGAGCCAGAGCCCCGCGGGGACGGGGACGGGGACGGGGACGGGGACGUGGCCGGCAUCCUGCGGGAGUUCUCCGAGUUCCAGAGGCUGCUGCUGCCCGGGAGCGCCGCCCCGGGGCAGGGGGAGCCCGGGGUUGCCCGGCCGGGGCUGGUGCGGCCCCACAGGCCGGCGGAGCUCCGGGGAAUGGUGGCGGAGCUGUGCGGGGCCCUGCGCUGCCACCUGCGCCGCGUGGCCGCUGGAUCGCGGCUGCCGGAAAGUUCAGCUGGAGAGCGGCCAGGAGCUCUUCACAGGCCUGAAGUCCCCCCAGCACUGCCAAGGCCCCCAAGUGCCCCAUCCUGUGCAUUUCCCAUCCCUGCAGGGCUGGGGGCUCCCAUUCCCCCGUGUUCCCAGGGGAACACUCCCAGCCAAGCUGCCCUGUGUGUGUUGCAGGCCCUGCUGGAGGCGCGGGGGUUCGUGAGCACGGAGCCCCUGAGCUUCUGCAGCGCCCGGCGCGGGGCCGGCGAGCGGCUGCUGGUCAUCGUCAGGAACCAGGACAUCGCCUCGCACAUCCACACGGUGCCGUGCCUGCUGGAGCUGAAGCGCUGUCCCAGCGUGGUGUUUGCGGGCGUGGACGAGCCCGAGGAGGUGACCGGUGACACAUUCCAGGAGCUCUUCCAGGCCGGGGGGUUCGUGGUGUCCGACGAGGAGCUGCUGGAAAGGGUGACCCUGGGCCAGCUGGAGGAGGUGGUGAAGCUGCUGGAGAAGCUCAACAGGAGCGGGCGGUGGAGGUGGCUCCUGCACCACAGGGAGAGCAAACAGCUCCGAGGAGAGCUCAGGGCCGAUGGCAGCGCCCAGAGGAAGCAGCAGCUGCUGAGGUGGUGCCAGGGGGCAGAGCUGCUGGAGCUGCUGCCCUUCCACGGCUGCGACGCUGCGGCCGAGCCCCGGCGCGCCCAGUGCCUGCUGGGGCUGCAGGCGCAGCACGUCCGCGCCCGCUUCGCCGUGUUCCUCACAGAAAACCCCAGCAGCAGCUGCAGGGAGAUGCUGGAGAGCAGAGGAAUUCUGGUGGCCGACAUCUCCACCUUCCUCGCCACGGUGCACAAAGUGGCCGCUCCCUUCAGAAGAAGCUACUGGUGA